AUGCAUUCUGGUAAGAUUGUAAUCAUAACAGGCGCGAACACCGGCAUCGGCCUGGAAACAGUCAAAUCACUAUUGCGCUCGAGCCAGAAAUACCACAUCCUGCUUGGUGGUCGCAAUCUUGAGAAGGCUCAAUCGGCCUGCCAGAACCUCGAUUCUGGGACAUCGCCAAGCUCAAUCGAGCCGUUCCAGGUGGACGUUGAAAGCGACGAGUCAAUCGAGGCAGCUUUCAAGCAUAUCUCAGCCAAAUACGAACGGGUCGAUUGUCUCAUCAAUAAUGCUGGAGCUUGUUUUGACGCCCAAAUUACGGACGGCCGCAUGACAGCCCGAGAGGCAUGGAAUAAAGCAUGGGAUGUCAAUGUGACUGGUGCACAUAUCAUGACUACAGCCUUUCUCCCACUCUUGCUCAAGUCUCAAGAUCCUAGACUGCUGUUCAUCACUAGUGGUCUUUCCUCGUUGCAGGGUUCUUCAGAUCCCAACAACCCGAGGAACGUUUUCCCACCGGCAGGGCUUCCCAAACCAUUCCCGUUCGUCGGGUACCGGUCCUCGAAGACAGGGCUUAAUAUGGUAAUGGUGGAGUGGGCGAAGGCCUUGAAGAACGACGGGGUUAAGGUGUGGUCUGUUGCUCCCGGUCUGUUGGCUACUGGCUUGGGUGGUGACGUGGACCUGUUGAAGAGACUGGGGGCGCAGGAUCCGAGUAUUGGAGGCGAUACCAUCCGACGAGUGGUUGAGGGAGAUAGAGACGGUGAGGCGGGUAAUGUCGUACGCGAAUACUUAACACCGAUUCAACCAUGGUAA